AUGGCCGGAAAGGGUGGGAAGGGCUUAUUGGCCGGAAAAACACUGGCGGCAGAAGCAGCGAACAAGGACAAAGAUAAGAAGAUGUCGAUUUCCCGAUCUGUUAGAACUGUCCUGGAGUUUCCAGUAGGGAGGAUUAAUCGCCAUUUGAAAACUAGAACUUCUGCAAAUGGACGUGUUGGAGCCACUGCUGCUAUUUACUCUACUGCCAUUCUUGAGUACUUAACUGCUGAGGUGCUUGAGUUAGCUGGAAACGCUAGCAAAGAUUUGAAGGGUCACCAUGCUGUGUGUGUAAGUGAAUUGCUCCCGCCAUUACCCCACCCUUUAGAGACCUACAACUGUCCACAAGAACAACCAUUCACCUCAUCAUUACCAUUGGCUCAACUAACCAGACUGAGUCUCCUCAGAGAAAGAUCAUGUGAUUGA